CCUGACAUGUGAAGAGCCCCGGGGAUUCAGUGAGCAUGCUCCGCGCUCCCUCCCGCUGGGAAGAGGAAGCUCGUCCACAUACGAGUCAUUCCAGGCAUAGUCGGCGUGUCAGCGCAGUGAACUCGCAGCGGGCUGUGAGCGGCGCGAGCGCGGCUUUGUCCUAGGAAAUGGGCUUCGGGUUUUCCUUCCUUGCUCCUUUCUUACGUCGAAGAAAGACCCGUAAAGACUUCUGAAACGAUUUUUAAACGCUCGAUUGAGGAUCCAGGACGUAUACCGUCUGCCCACGAACCCUUGAAGGGUUUUCUGCAAGUUCGAUUUUGUGUGCGUCUUUUUUUUUUUUUUUCACUUUUACUUUGUUUUGAUCCGAGGCCGGGCCUCCGUCUUUGUGAAGUUUAAGAGAAGAGCCAGGAGCCUGCUCAGCACUAGUUGAUUUUGGAAACGUACUUUUUCGGGGCGAAAGCAAAGAGCUGGUUUUCUGUGCUAGCCCAAUAAAUGCUAUUUAUGAAGAUGGACCUGUUGAACUACCAGUACUUGGACAAGAUGAACAACAAUAUCGGCAUUCUGUGCUAUGAAGGUGAAGCUGCUCUCAGGGGGGAGCCCCGGCUGCAGACCCUGCCCGUGGCCUCGGCCCUCACUAGUCACCGCACGGGGCCCCCGCCCAUCAGUCCCAGCAAGAGGAAGUUCACCGUGGAGCCCGGCGACGACGAGCUGGACUGCGAAAGUGACCAUGCUUCCAAGAUGAGUCGCAUCUUCGCCCCCCACCUGAACAAGACGGCCAACGGGGACUGCCGGAAAGACCCCCGGGAACGGAGCCGCAGCCCCAUUGAGCGAGCCGUGGCCCCCACCAUGAGCCUGCACGGCAGCCACCUGUACACGUCCCUCCCCAGCCUCAGCAUGGAGCAGCCCCUCGCACUGACCAAGAACAGCCUGGACGCCGGCAGGCCGGCCGGCCUCUCGCCCACCCCGACCCCGGUGGAGCGGCAGCAGAACCGGCCCUCGGUGAUCACGUGCGCCUCCGCCAGCGCCCGGAACUGCAACCUCUCCCACUGCCCCAUCGCGCACAGCGGCUGCGCGGCCGGCCCGGCCAGCUACCGGAGGGCCCCGAGCUCCGCCACCACCUGCGACCCCGUGGUGGAGGAGCAUUUCCGCAGGAGCCUGGGCAAGAACUACAAGGAGCCCGAGCCGGCGCCCAACUCCGUGUCCAUCACGGGCUCCGUGGACGACCACUUCGCCAAAGCCCUGGGCGACACGUGGCUCCAGAUCAAGGCGGCCAAGGACGGCGCGUCGAGCAGCCCCGAGUCGGCCUCUCGCAGGGGCCAGCCCGCCAGCCCCUCUGCCCACAUGGUCAGCCACAGCCACUCCCCGUCUGUGGCCUCCUGAAUGGAGCACCGCCCUCCAGCGCCACGUCCAUCUGCAUGGUUUGCCUGAGCUUCGAACAGUCAGUGCUUAAAAAAUGGAAAAAUGAAAAAAAAUCGUGGGGGUGGGGGGAGGAGGAGGGAUGGUUUAAUUCGCAAAAACCACGUUGUCGGGAUUUUUGUUCUGUUUUGUACUUGCUUGGUAUCCGUACCCGGGGCCCUCAGACGUGAUAGCAGCGCCUGCGUGUGGAACCUCUGUCCGCUGUCGCCCCCCCGUCCCUGCCUUGGUUACCGAAGCAGCCUCAGUGCAGCUCAGCUGCCCUACAGGGCCUGGACUCCACGCCUUGCGCUUUCUCAGUCACAGGCCAGGCCACUGGUGACCCAGACGCUUUGUGCUUUUUCAUUUGCUUCUCGAGACCGGGGCGUGUGCGGCUCAGCUUCCAGCCCACGUGUGUGUGUGUGCGCUUGUGUGUGUGCGUCUACUUGAAGAGAACAGAACUGUCGUGUCUGAUUUGCACUAUGGGAGGAGGACUCAAGUUGCCUGCCUGACAACUUUGUGCGAGAUGAUAGUACUCUGAGGGCAAA